AACUGUUCAGCAUUAUUUUUCGUGUUUAAGUGACUUGUUUAUUUGUACGGAAUUGAAAGAUUAAUAGUAGCCGAGUGAUUUGUUUACGUUACCGGUACGAUCUAUUUCUUUUUUUGCUGUUACCAAGUAAUAGCUGUUUCUUAUUUAAGUUCCACCGAUAGAAAUGGAAGACGAAUGGAAAAUUGACGACUUUUUAACGGUGUACAGACAUGACUUCACGCCCAAGACUGGGAAAAGGGGGCCAGCGGCAGUGAUUCCUGACUCAGACGUUACAGCAGGGCCGUUCAAGCUAUACCUGCUGCCUCCUUCUCGAAUAUCUUCAGAUGUGGAGCACCCAGACACCUUCUUAGAAAAGUGCAGAAAUGAGCGACCCGAUCUGGAGACUCUGAAGUCUGAUAUCGACUACAAUGUCGUAGAAAAUGAUUAUGAAGAUAUAAUGCGUACGAUGUACAUGCACUUCUUCUGUGAUCGUGAGGAGGAGAAGGCGUACCGCGCCAAGGACCGGGAGGAGUCUGAGGCGAUGCGGCGGCGCGUCGCCAGCUCGCCGGCGCUGCCGCUGACGACGCAGCGCGCCUCCUACCGCAAGCCCACCGCCUUCUUCUCCGAGCGCGUCCUCCGGCCCACCACCUGCAGCUUCACGCCCAACUACGCGGUACGGCGUAUCAUGGGAGUGCGCACAGGAGACUCCGAGUACCAGGGGAACAUCGGUCUGCUGGCCGCCGCCGCGCUCUCGCUGCCCAGAGACCAGCCGGCCUCCAGCUAAACUACUGCUUCCUACCUUUCACUAUCUCAUCAAAUUAAACAGAGCAACGCUCCUCAUUUACACCUGCA